CCGGCCCUCAACCACCGUUGCGUUGCACUUCCGCCAUGGCCGCCACCAACCUGCAUUUCCAGCUGCCGAUCCACAUCAUCGCGCUCAUCGGCCACUGCCUGCAGUCGCCGAUCGACAGGCUACACUAUGCCCGCGCCCUCGUCUUUGCCGAGUUCGAGGCAUCGCUUCGGGAAAGCUUUCCCCAGAUCCAGUGGUACGAUCGAAUCGCGCAGUCCUCUGCCACGAGGUUCGCCUGGAACCCGGACGAGGCAGACCCAAGCGACGGCGAGCUCGUGGCGAGCCAGGGAUGGUCGUCGCUGGCAUUCCUGCUGGAGGGCGUCCGAUGCAACCCGCAUAUCGUCGAGCUGGAUCUGUCAGAAAUGUUCAUCGGCGGCUGCGGCGCUGCUCUGUUUCCGCAGACUCUUGCUGGGUCUCUGCGUCUCUCCAAGCUGGUACUUGGUGUCAACAACAUUGACGACGAGGGCUGCAGACACAUUGCCGUGUUCCUGAGCCAUAACAGCUCGGUGGAAACGCUGGAUCUUAGUUACAAUGCGAUUUCAAGCAGCGGUGUCGCACACCUGUCCGAAGCCCUUGGAGCGAAUCGGUCGCUGAAGCAUCUGAUGCUACGUUUCAACAGCAAUAUCAACGACGAUGCUGUCGAGUCUCUCGUCAAUCUGAUGCAUUCCCACACCGCUCUGGCGCAUGUCGAUCUCCGAGACACCGGCAUCCGGUACGCUGGUAUGGACCAAAUACUGGAAGCCAACCGCCGCCGCGUAGCUCCCAUCAAGAUCAAGCGUAACCCAUUCUAGCACGGGCAAGCUCGUUUGUCGCAAGGAUGCAUCAUGGGCACUCGCUUCGAGAUACAGCGCAUCCCCAAAACGAAACAGGACACCCACUUCUGAAUACACACCCACAAUGACCAAGUGUCCAAGAC